AUGAGUCCUCUGGGCCAGGUUAGUUUGCAGCCUACCUGGAACGCAGCCCUGCUCGCCGUGCUCUCCCUCAUGGUGCCUGCUCUCAGUAUGUGCCAGUCCACAGGCCCUGUGUUGGGUUCGGCUAACCCACAGAACUGUCCAGGUAUGUGCUCCUGCACUAACCAGCUCAGCAAGGUGGUGUGUACACGCAGAGGCCUGGUUAGGGUUCCUCCAAACAUCCCAACCAACACCAGGUACUUGAACCUGAUGGAAAACAGCAUAGAGACUAUACAAGCAGAUACUUUCAGACAACUGCAUCACCUGGAGGUACUGCAGUUGGGCAGAAAUUCCAUCAGGCAGAUUGAAGUGGGGGCUUUCAAUGGGCUGACCAGCCUCAAUACCUUGGAGCUGUUUGACAACAGGCUGACGGUCAUACCAAGUGGAGCGUUUGAGUACCUGUCAAAGUUAAGAGAGUUGUGGCUUAGAAACAACCCCAUCGAGAGCAUCCCCUCCUAUGCCUUCAACCGUGUCCCCUCACUCAUGAGACUGGACCUGGGAGAGCUGAGAAAAUUGGAGUACAUUUCCGAUGGGGCAUUCGAGGGUCUUCAAAACCUCAAGUACCUCAACUUGGGGAUGUGCAACCUGAGGGAGUUUCCUCAUCUUUCACCUCUGGUGGGAUUGGAGGAGCUCGAAAUAUCAGAGAAUCUUUUCCCUGAACUGAAGCCUGGGGCUUUCCGUGGGCUUAAGAAUUUACGUAAACUAUGGAUUAUGAACUCUGCCAUCACUACCAUCGAGAGGAAUGCAUUUGAUGACAUCACAGCCUUGGUGGAGCUCAACUUAGCCCAUAACAACUUGUCGUCCCUCCCCCACAACCUCUUCACCCCUCUGCAGUACUUGGUGGAGCUACACCUGCACCACAACCCUUGGCGAUGUGACUGUGAUGUAGUGUGGCUCUCCUGGUGGCUCAGAGAAUACAUUCCUACAAAUUCCACCUGCUGUGGACGCUGCCACACCCCGACCCACAUGAAGGGACGAUACCUGGUGGAAGUUGAUCAGACCACCUUUCAAUGUUCUGCACCGUUCAUAGUGGAUGCUCCCAGGGAUCUGAACAUCUCAGCAGCGAGGGUGGCGGAACUGAAGUGUCGCACAGCUGCCAUGAGCUCCGUCCGAUGGCUUCUCCCCAAUGGGACCGUCUUGACCCAUGGUUCAGAUCACCCACGGAUAUCUGUCCUUAACGAUGGGACACUCAACUUCUCCAACGUCCUCCCUUCAGACACUGGGGUCUACACCUGCAUGGUGAGCAACAUGGCUGGAAAUUCGAAUGCCUCAGCCUACCUAAAUGUCAGCAAUGCCGAACUCAACACAUCUAACUUGUCCUACUUUACCACAGUAACAGUGGAAUUUUUGGAGCCCACAGUGGAGGAGACCCCUAAACCCAAGCCUACAGUCCCUGCCUCGCCCUCCGUCUUUCAGCCCGUCUUCAUUUCCACACCAACUGUGUUGUUCCAAAAUACUCAGACUCCAAGGCAGGUGUCAAUUCCCACUGCCAGAGUUCCUAGUGGGCCAGCCGCCAGCCUCGAUGAGGUGAUGAAAACAACCAAAAUCAUCAUUGGAUGUUUUGUUGCCGUAACCCUACUGGCAGCGGCCAUGUUGAUAGCGUUCUAUAAGUUGCGUAAGCGGCAUCAACAGAGGAGCACGGUGGCAGCAGCCAGGACCAUAGAAAUCAUACAGAUGGAGGAAGAGGUUCAUCCUGUUCCACCACCCACCUCUGGAUCUAGUGGCUCAGAUGACACAGGGCUGGUACUGCCUACUUUAGUGGAACACAACAGCAACAUCUUUAGGCCUGGGUACGUGUCCACCUCCUCAUCCCGCCAAGGGGGCUAUGGGGCCCACUGGACCCAGAACAACUCUCUUCAUCGCUCAGUCAGACAGCAUCACAGCCACAUCAGCACCAUUGCUGAUCCUUACGUCAUUAAGACUUCUCACGGCAAGGAGAAGGUUCAAGAGACCCAAAUCUGA